GAAUUAUUUAUGACCUGAAAAUAUGAGUCGUUCAAGCGUGCUCGUGAAGGCCCCUCCGUUGGGCGCUUAGUAGCGGCCCCGGGGGACGCGGCGCCGCCAUGCCAGGCGGCCGCCGGGGGCUGGUGGCCCCGCAGAACACAUUCCUCGAGAGCAUCAUCAGGAGAUCAUCUUCUCAGCACAGUAGUUUCCUGCUGGCUAACGCGCAGAUCGUGGACUACCCCAUCGUAUACUGCAACGAGACCUUCUGCAAGAUGAGUGGCUACAACCGCGCCGAGGUCAUGCAGAAGUCGUGCAGGUGCACGUGGAUGUACGGGGAGUUGACGGAGAAGGAGGCGACGGAGCGAGUGGAUCGCGCCCUGGACCACCACCUCACCGACCAGUUCGAGAUCCUGCUCUACAAAAAGAACCGCACGCCGCUGUGGCUGCUGGUGCAGGUGGCUCCCAUCCGCAACGAGCGCGAGCUGGUGGUACUAUUCUUGCUCACCUUCCGCGACAUCACUGCACUCAAGCAACCCAUAGACGCCGAUGACCCCAAGGGAGGGCUCUCCAAGUUCGCGAAGCUGGCGCGCUCCGUGACGCGAUCGCGCUCCGUGCUCGUGUCGGCAUUGCCCGCACUCAAGGAGCCGGCGCGCCAGAGUCACCUCGCGCACGUGAGUAGCUCGGCGCCCACUCCUCGCUGCCAGCGGGCAGCGGCUCGUGACGUAACGGUUGUCGUGUCGCAGGUGAUGUCGCUGUCGGGCGACGUGCUGCCGCAGUACCGGCAGGAAGCGCCCAAGACGCCGCCGCACAUCCUGCUGCACUACUGCGCGUUCAAGGCCAUCUGGGACUGGAUCAUCCUGUGCCUGACGUUCUACACGGCCAUCAUGGUACCGUACAACGUGGCGUUCAAGAACAAGACGAGCGAGGACGUGUCGCUGCUGGUCAUCGACUCGAUCGUCGACGUCGUCUUCUUCAUAGACAUCGUGCUCAACUUCCACACGACGUUCGUGGGGCCCGGCGGCGAGGUGGUCAGUGACCCCAAGGUCAUCAGAAAGAACUACUUCAAGUCCUGGUUCCUCAUCGAUCUGCUGUCCUGCCUUCCCUACGAUGUCUUCAAUGCCUUCGAUCACGAUGAAGAUGGCAUCGGCAGCCUGUUCAGUGCGCUGAAGGUGGUGCGGCUACUGCGACUGGGGCGCGUGGUGCGCAAGCUGGACCGCUACCUGGAGUACGGCGCCGCCAUGCUCAUCCUGCUGCUGUGCUUCUACAUGCUAGUGGCGCACUGGUUGGCGUGCGUGUGGUACAGCAUCGGACGCUCGGAUGCGGACUCGGGCCUGCAGUACUCGUGGCUGUGGAAGCUGGCCAACGUGACACAGAACCCGUACUCGUACGUGUGGUCCAACGAGUCGGACGGGCCCGAGCUGGUGAACGGGCCCUCGCGCAAGACCAUGUACGUGACCGCCCUCUACUUCACCAUGACGUGCAUGACCUCCGUGGGCUUCGGCAACGUCGCCGCCGAGACCGAUAACGAGAAGAUCUUCACCAUCUGCAUGAUGAUCGUGGCAGCGCUCCUGUACGCCACCAUCUUCGGGCACGUGACCACCAUCAUCCAGCAGAUGACGUCAGCCACCGCUAAGUACCACGACAUGCUCAACAACGUGCGCGAGUUUAUGAAGCUGCACGAGGUGCCCAAGGCGCUGAGCGAGCGCGUCAUGGACUACGUGGUCUCUACGUGGGCUAUGACCAAGGGGCUCGACACCGACAAGGUGCUCAACUACUGCCCCAAGGACAUGAAGGCCGACAUCUGCGUGCACCUGAACCGCAAGGUGUUCAAUGAGCACCCCGCCUUCCGGCUGGCGUCGGACGGCUGCCUGCGCGCCCUCGCCAUGCACUUUCACAUGUCCCACUCGGCGCCGGGCGACCUGCUCUACCACACGGGCGAGUCCAUCGACUCGCUGUGCUUCAUCGUCACUGGCAGCUUGGAGGUCAUCCAAGACGACGAGGUGGUCGCCAUCCUGGGCAAGGGUGACGUGUUUGGCGACUCGUUCUGGAAGGAUGGUGCCGUGGGCCAGUCGGCUGCCAACGUGCGCGCGCUCACCUACUGCGACCUGCACACCAUCAAGCGCGACCGGCUGCUCGAGGUGCUGGACUUCUACCAGGCCUUCGCCAACAGCUUCGCGAGGAACCUAACGCUCACCUACAAUCUUCGCCAUCGCCUCAUCUUCCGCAAGGUGGCGGACGUGCGGCGCGAGCGCGAGCUGAUGGAGCGGCGCAAGCGAGAGCCGCAGCUGGAGCCGGCGCAGGACCACCUCGUGCGGAAGAUUUUCUCGCGGUUCCGGCGCGAGCGGAGCGUGGCGGCCGUGCCCGCGCCGCGCGCGCUGGCGCUCGCGGCCACCGCAGCUCCCGCCUCCGACGCCGAGAAGGGAGACUCGGCCGAGUCCGGCGCGGGCUCGGGCGGCGUCGGCGCGACCGACACGAAGGUCGGCGGCGCGGGCGUGCGCGGCAAGUGGGGGCGCCUGCUGGCGGGCGGCUCGCUGGACGCGGGGGACACGCCACGAGCCGCGCUCGGCCGCGCCCCGAGCACACGCGACCGACCCGCCCCCGCCCCCGCGACCUCCGCCACCUCCGAGGACGGUGCUGCGCAGCCCGCCUCCACGUUGGCUCCGACACUGUCGCUCAAGGCGGCGUUCGGUCGGAGUCGUGCGAGCAGCGUGCUGCCGGCGGCGCGCCGCGAACCCAUCGACGAGGAGUCGGACGAGAAGCGAGUCGUAACGACCGCCGCCCCCGCCCCUGCCAGCUCUGUUGCCCCCACCCCCGCCAGCUCGGUUGCCCCCGCGCCCUCCCCACACGACGCUGCGCUCGCAGAGCUUCGGCGCGACGUUCGUAACGAAGUUCAACGAUUACAACACAAGCUGUCGCGGGUGGAGGAGCUAUUGACGAUGUUGGCGACGCGGCUCGGAGCCGAGCCCAAUGACUCGUCGUUGGACGCUACGCCGUCCGAGCGAAACGAGCGAACUGAGCGCAGUGAAAGAACAGACCCCGGAUACGUUGCUAGGAAGCGACGUUCGAAGGCCCGGAGCAAAGGAGCAGCACCGCAAGUGCCGACACCGAGUACGCCGCUGGAGCCACCGGGCAGUCCGGGGCCGGGGGCGAGCGGCAGCAGUGCGGGGACGGCGGGGGCCAGUACGACGCGGCGCCGAGAGUUCGUGUAGCGCGCGGCGGCGAGCGGGGACAGGCCGCACUAGCGCCCCGCCCGCUCGCCGUGAGGUGUCGGUGAUGAUGACAUGUUGUGUGACGGUGGGCGUGAGGGAACAAACGAGCAUUGCCUGACGUUUGUGGAGUGGAUCAUUAUUACUUAGCAUGCUUCGAGCUGAUGUACAUAGUUAGACUAAGUAUCUAGUACUCGCACGGUCUACUUGAUUUAGGAGUUAGCUGUAAAUAAUCUGUAAGUGCCGCGCGUAGCAAGCGAUCGCCUUAUAUUGUCUCGCUCACUGUAUAUACUUGGCAGUCGGGAGACGUGUCCGCCCGAGGCCGACAUGACGCUAUCGUCCACGCGGCGCGACCCCCUGACGUCAUCAGAUUGUCUGUUUGUUAAUAGUAGCUCAUAAUGAUUGUCGGUACCGUUCGGCGGUCCCUUACAAAUGUAAUAUAAAUAUCCGCUGUUUUAUAGAUACUUAUAUAUGUAUACUUACCUAUUAUACAUUUAUAUUUGAUUACGUGUUUAAAGAGCAAUAUUACAUUUAAAUAGUUAUUAGUUACCUACUAUCUCUUUAAAGUUCUCGACACAAUUGACCAAGUAUUUUCAUAUGGCUGCAAAUAUAUUCUUUGAGAGUAGACAAUUAUAUCGUACAUAUUUAUAUUAUGUCUUGUACUAUAUUUACAUUGAUAUUUCCUAUGUAUAUAAUUAAGCUACACCAGCCGAGUGGGGUGCGACUUACGAAAGCCGAGACGGUAAGGACACGAAACAGGACUUGAUCUUCGAAAUCGUCAUCAAUUCCGAAGCGAGUCGUAUUUCUAUUUAUUAGUCUUAUAAAUCCGGUGACCAAAAUCGGAAUUCAAUAUUCCGGAUCACACGUCAGCUCACCUUCCAUUAUAAACUAGUCUAGAUAGAGAGUUGGGCUGCACUCGCAACAAAACAAUAUCAGCCCGAGCUAAGGCGCCUGCGUUGUGUAUUACACACACCACUAUGCGUACGUAUACCAUGCUUACAGUCAUUGCGCUGUUAUUGGGUGAUACCAGUAAAACUAGUAUAAUAAUAAAAGAAAUAAAAUCAAGAGGGAUUUUUUAAUCGACUUCAAAAAAGGAGGUUCUCAAUUCGACUGUAUUAUUUAUUGUACUGAACUUAUUACAAUUAUUGUAUGAGGGGGAGGCCUUUGUCCAGCAGUCGACGUCUUGCGGCUGAUGAUGAUGAUGAGUCGGUAUCAGCCACGGUAGGUUUACCAAUAACUACAUACAUAAGUAGUUAUAGGUAAGACGUGCUUGUACCGCGCGCAAGACGCGACUUGACGAGGCGAGAGGCGAAAAUAACAAUAAUUGUAAUAGAAUUAGGUUAAUAACAUUGUAUAAGAAUACGCAAUUAUUUUUAGGGCAUAAUGUAUAGUUUUGCAAUAGUUUCUUUUGAAGUUGGUUGAUAUUUGUUAAUUUUUUUGAUAAGAAAAUAUAUUGUUCAAAUAAUCACAAAUAAGUUAAACAUCAUGAACAUGAAACUGUAAAAUUAAAUAGAAAAAUAUUACAAAACUCAUUUAAAAUGGGAAGCUUCUGAAAAUAAUGAUACAAUGUCAAAAAUAUUCGAACAAAAAUAGGGCAGAGUAACGCGGAUUAGUGAGACAUCGCCUUUUCUAGAUAUCUUCACUCUCUCCUCCUGUCACUUUCUACAAUAUAUAUACAUUUACAUCCUAUUUAUCUAGGUAUAUACCUAUCUAUAUAUUUAAAUCUGUAUCUGUUCAUUGCAAUGAAUUAGCAGGCUAGGAACAUAAGAUUUUUUUCUUAAAAAAAUAAAGUAAGUUAAUAUCGAGUGCCCUCUUGCUAAAAUGACCUC